AUGUUUGCACUGUAUGUUGUAAGCAUUAUGGAAUAUAACUGUGCAAAAACCACAGCUCUAGAUAUUGAGACGCAGACACAAGAACAGCUGACCUUGCUGCAGCAGCUAGAAGAUCAAAAGAGAAGACUUGAAGCACAUUAUCAGCAGAUUCAUUCAGAAAGAGAACAAAUACAUGUGUCUGAAAAUAUUCCAAGGAAAAAUAUUGAAGUACAGUUACAUUUUCCUUACCAGGAUGCUGAACACGUUUCUGAACAGCAUGUAAUGCAAACUGGUUUAAUUCAGACUUCUGAUGAAGUUGGAGUGAGAGACUCUGUAUCCCAGGUGCCCAGUACAGUGAUUCUACAUGCUAAUGCAGUUACACAGCAAGAAAAUGUUACAUCUUCAGAAAAUGAAAACGAAGACAGUAACCAUCUACAGACGAUUCAUCAGUAUCAGCAGCAUCUUAUUGAACAAAAUAGGUUGCAUAAACAGUCUAUUGAAGUUGCCUGGAAACAGUUAAGAGAGUAUCAGAUGUUUUUGAAAACGAGGUACGCAUCUGUAGCCCGGUUACAGGCAGACUCUUCUACAGUUGAUAAGUUAAAUGAUAGACUUUUUUUACCUGCAACAGUGCAUUUUGAAGUACAAGCAUCUCAGUCUAGAACUGUUUCUUUCUUGCCCGGUUUGACUGUUUCUGCAUCCCAGAAGGAAAAAACUCUAUCUGCUUGUUUAGAAAGGUUAGCUAACGUGCCAGUAACAGCUGCAAUCAACAGUAUAGUACAGCCUAAACUGAGUACUACAGAAUCUGGGUUUGCAUCAUUGCGGGAGUGCCCUUUACAGUCUGAUGAAAAAGAAAUGAACCAGAAAAUAAGAGACAUUUUAAUACAAGAUGCAGUUAAUGCAGAGUUUAAAAACUCCAGUGAUAUAAUUAAUGGAAACCAAGGUACGAAAGUGGAGGUUGUGAGGAAAUCUAGAGAGAAUCGACUAGGAAUGAUAUCUUCACAUAAUGAAAUGCCACUUCAGCCAGUAGAUAAACUUGAUGCCCUCCAAAAUUCAAGCUCAAUGACACAAGAAGGUUUUUCAUUACUGCAGGCAGGACUACAAGCUAAACAGUUAGGAGUUGUGUCAAAGCCUGAAAAGUAUUCUCUGAUUAAACCUUCUAAUCCACUCUCUGCAUUUGCCUUGCAGGCUACAGACGAUGAUGAUGCUGUGUUGCAAAAUGAGCAGAAUUUGAAGAUAACUUCAUCAAGUUCACUAACUGGAAUGCUCUUAGAGAAAGAGAACAAGCCGAUGCAGUCCAUAAAGCCAUUAGAUGUGUUACCUCCUGGUGAGAUUCAGACCAACAUGACUUCUCUUGUCACUGCACAGACUUUAGUUAAAGGUGGUCCCAUGGAGUCUCUUUGUUGUGAACAGAAGUCAUGUGCAGCAUCUGAAAGGGGUUCAUCAAAAUCCACUGCAGAAGAAGGCAGACUGUUUUAUGUGCAUCACCAAAGUAAUAUGGAUGUUUAUCCUUAUUUGACUGGAGAGUUAGUAACACAGGGAGCAGCAGUAGGUCAGGAAGUUAUGCUAUCACCAAGUAACUUUGUUGCAUUACAUCCUCAGCAAAAUUUAUUGAUCUCCUUACAGGAGAUGGAAGCAAGACAGAAACAGAUAAGGAGUUUGCAAGAGCAGCUAGAGAAACAGCAUGAAUCUGUACUAGCCAGACAGAAAUUACAGGAAGAGACACUGUUAUGUAGGCGUGACUAUCUGAAAGAACAGUUGAGAAAGCAGCAAGAAAUCUUAGACAACGCCCUUUUGGGAAAUCAGAAUGAAGAAACCAGAACAGCUAGCAUUGAAUCAAGUAUACAGAAUAUGCAAAAGCGUGAUCUGAUGUCAUCUUUUCUGAAAGCACUAGAAGAAUCGGGUGAAGAUGGUUCCCUACAGAAAAGAGAUGAAGAAUGUGGGCACUUGAAUACAGAUGAUCUUGAUGAAUGGAGGGCUUCUUUUGAGCAUACUGAGAAUUCUAAUCAUACUGAUGAUUUUCAAAGAAUGCUGGGAAGAGGGCACCAGCGCAAUCGAAAACCACCAGUGACAAAAACAAAGCUGGGAUUAAUGGGAAUCCUGGAACAACAUGAGCUGAGUGUCAUCCCAGAAGUGGAAACACCAAAUGAAAGACUGUCUAUUUGGGGAAAACCAGAUGUUACCACAGAAGUAGCUUCUUUGGCAGUUGCAGCAGACUUUGAAUCAAGCAAGUUGGAACAUGGUUCUCCUAUGCAAGAUCUAAACUUAUCAAGAAUAUCUGCAAGUAGCAGAGAGACAUUAACUGAAAGCAUUAACGAUGACAGCUCCUCUGUCAAGCUUACGUGGAGAGAGAGACUAAAACUUGAUGCGAGUUCAUCGCUUGAGAAAGAUCUGCCCACUCAAUCAGUUUCAGCUUUUCCAAGUUAUUCUGCUGAUGUUGGAAGAGGUGUAAUUAUCUACCCUGGUCCACCAUUUUUUAAUUGUGCACCUGUGGACAAGGAUUGGCAGGGAGCAUUGUUUGAGACCACUCCAGUCCAGAAGACGACAGAAGCAGAUGUUUUCUCUUCGACCACAAUGUCUACAGGAACAUUAUCACCAAGUGACCAACCAGAUUUCAGCUGUUCCAACAACAAAAUUGAACAUCAUCUCCAGGAACAGAGCAUCAUUCGGUUAUGUGGUCCUACAGAAUAUCCUUCCUUGAGGAUCAGCCAAGACACUGUUCCGUGUGUUAAAAAUGGAGUGAUAAAAUCUACAUAUGCCAGUGAACCAUCAGUUGGACCAGCAAGUACUACAACAGCUUCUUCUUUUCUUGAAUACCAAGUAUGCCCUACCACACCUGCUGCUGGAGAUUGCAUUCCUAAUAGGAGCCAGAUUCAGGAAAUCAUAGACAAGUACACCAAAGAUUUGUGCCAGGCUUUCGACACGAGUGCCAAUUUUCAGGUGCCCAUGUCAGGAACUGUUAUUACAGACUUCGAAGACUCACAUUUUUGUCCGUUACAGUUUUCUCAGAGCAGUUCUUCUCAUCUUUUUCAUUCUUUGACUCCAAAAGCGGACUUCGAUAUUUCAUCAGUGUAUUCUCCGAUAUCAGAUGCGACAAUUAGUUCCCAGGACAAUAAAGAUCAAAGCAAGACUGUGGUUCCAUCUAUAGAAAAUCAGAAUACAUCUGCAUACAGUGAGACAAAGAGCUCAGGUCUUCACGAAUAUGAAUGCAGUAUGCAUUCUCUUCCUAGAAGUACAGAACAGGAUUCCCCUGCAUUUGAAAUUCUGCAGUCUGGACAGCAGAUUAUUAGUGCAGAUCAGUCUUCAGGUUCUUUUCAUCCACUUCAACCUGAAAGUGGUAGUGAUGAAUGCUACUUAGACACUGUGCUUCAUACAGUCACAGAACUUCCUAGCUCAUCUCAUCUGAGCACUGAAACAACCAGUCAGCUGCAGACAACUGGUGAAUUUCUUCCACCUGCUUUUGAGAUGACAAAUGAAGAGCUGCCAUGUCCAUCGGAGGUCCUGAUGGAAUCUACAAAUGAUAGAGGCAGUGAAUCCACUAUUGAGAAUCCUAGAAGCCAGGAUGCCGAAAGCUUGCUGCAGGAUUCUGGAUCGUUUGACUUUUUAAGUGUAACACCAAGUACAGUAAAUGAUUCUAAACAUUCAUUCAGGGAGGGUAUGGAACAAACAAAAAUGGAUUUUAGUUUUGUAGAGCAGCGGAUUGUUAUAACUGGCAGAGGAGAAAAUGUGCAGAAAGAUGGAGUAGUUGUUACUGCUCCAGAAGCAGUAUGCUCUAGUAAAAAGAGAGAGAAUUUUAAGACAAGUGGGCCUGAAUUCAUAACUGAUGUUUCUGCAGGACAGCAAGAGAAAGCAUUGCAAACACUGCCUGGGACAGUCUUUGAAAAGGAUAUUGAAUGUAUUGACAGUUCUGUGCAAAAGAUUACACUUCACAGUAAUUCUUUGGUGGAACCAGAUAUGAAGAAGUCUUCUAAACAGGCAGAAAGUGAUCAUUUUGCAUCUUUGAUGAGUGGUUGUGUUCCAGUUUGGGAAACUGAGACUGGAAAGGGCAUUAUGGAAGAAUCUGAGUUGACUCUGGUCAGUUUAAGUGACAGCACUUUAGUAGCGCAAGAACAUUCAAAUGUCCAGGGUGAGGAUGUUAUGAAGAGUAACGUCACUGAUACAGUACGUGGCAGUGAAGAUCCAGAGACUGAAACCUAUCUCUCUAGAUAUGGAUACCAACCUUCAGAAGCAGUUGCAGGCCAGUCCAUAAGAGCAAUACAGGGAUCCUCUGCAGUAAAUAGCAGUUUGUGUGAUGAGAAGUUGAAGAAGUCAGUAGAUCAAAAGAAUUCUAACUGUUCCACCCAGUCAGAGGAAAGCAGCAGCCGUAGAAAUAGAAAACCUGCUGAAGAAAAGGGUCAUCCAAGCAGUCCUCACAGACCAACAAGGAUCCAGAACCAAUUUGAGAUGUUUUUUAGUGUCCGUGAUGACAGGAGACCUAAGACCAAUUUUGGAUCUCAGCAAUCUAAAUCGAUUUGUAAAACGCUCAAAGUUCUGUAUGGUCACAGUUCAGUCUAUUCUGCCAUUGUUGUGGAAGGAUGA